CUAGAUCCAACGGCUGAAAUCGGGAGAUGCAUACGGUGUCGGUGUGCACGUAAGUUCCACCAUAACUUUUUUAUCCGCUUGGAGUAGUAAUUCAAAAGCGCUUACGUCGUUCAUCAGUCGAGAACUUCUCAGGGUUUCAAAUUCCAACAUUUUUCUCCCGCCAUUGCUCGUUUCUCAGAUUCUUGAAAUCAAGUUCCUUUCACCCAUUUCUGACCUUCGGAAGGUGCAUCCAGAGGUCGUUUCAAAACUACGGGUUUUUUCCUACGGUUUUCUUCGCUUUUUUCUGCGGUUCUUCAUCACUGCUUGCUCAGGUAAGGACCCCACUUCUUUUCGAAAUUAGGGUUUCCAAGAUUCGAUCUGGAGAUGGAGGCACUUUACUCAAAGCUUUACGAUAAGUACACUAAGAUCAAGACUCAAAAAGAGUCUGAAAUGGACAAGCUCAACCAUGACCAGGAAGUCAAAUUUAUGAAGUACGUCACUGCUGCAGAUGAAUUGAUAGAACACUUAAGAAAUGAGAAUAGGAGGUUGCAUGAACAAACCAAUAACUUGAGAAGCGAAGCUGCUUCAAUCAGAUCUAGCACGGAUGAGCAGAAAGCUGAGUAUCAAAAGCUUUUAAAGGAAGAGAAACAGAAGAAUAACCAGCUUUCAGAAGAAAUUGAGCGGCUUCGGUACCUCCAACGCGAGGGACUUUGUUGCAGUGCAAGGGAAGGCAACAUCGAAAAUGGACAACUGAAUAUGUCUGCAAGGUUGCAAGUUGGAUCAGGAAUACUUAAUGGCUCAGAUGUGAAUGUCACAAGAAAACGCCGCAGGCAUUAUGGGACUUCUGCCGAUAUUACAGUUGCUCCUUAUUCCGGUGAUCAACUUGAGCAUGCUCCUGGAAGGGAAUCAGCAAGUGAUUUAUCCAAGAAAACUCUGUCUGGUGGAACUGAUUCUGUAGUUGAUCAGCCUGAGUGUGAAUCAGCAAGUGAUUUAUCCAAGAAAACUCUGUCCGGUGGAACUGAUUCUGUAGUUGAUCCGGCUGAGUGUUGUAGAAGGAAGAUCAACCUUUCAGGUGGUGAAUCAAAUGGUACUGACCCUACCAACUGCAUGUUUCACGAUCUUAUUGAGUUCUUGGUUAGCAUGAAAUUAUCUACUAUUCCGCGGAAUGAUGGUAGAAGCAUCUCAGCAGUUCAUCAGUCAAGCGGUUACUCUUUCAGCUUGACGUUUGUAAAUAGUAAGGCAGGCGAAGUGGAGUUGUUGUACCGGGUGUUGUCACUGGGUACGUUUGAGAGAGUGGCACCAGAGUGGAUGAAGGAGGAAGUUCUGAGGUUCAGUACGAGGAUGUGCCCCGUCUUCUUUCAAAGGGUAUCCCAUGUUAUCAAGCGUUAUCGCUAAUGUACAUUUGGUUUGUGUAUUUUGGCAUCACAACUGGAAAUCAGGUCUUGUCUCUGACUAUAUCAUUGUGCUGUUUUCUGAGGGCUUCUUAGAUUAUGUAAUCGUGUUUUCGCAAA